AUGGCCUCUCUAACAGACUACGUUAACGUCAGCGAGCCGAGCUUUCUCAUCGCCGCAGCAUGCAUCGUCUUCAACCCAACCUUCUGGAACGUUGCAGCACGGACGGAGUAUAGCAGCAAGACUAUCACCAAGCUUGCUGGAGGGAACCCAUACUAUGGCUGCUACAUCCUCGCCGUCACCAUCUUCACAAUCGGUCUGAUCCGGGAUGCAUUGUACGAGCGUGCAUUACGCGCUCAACCUUCACACCCUGCCCUCUUAGGCUUCGUGUCUCAAGGCCUGGCAGUUGGUCUCGUCGCCAGCGGCAAUACCCUCGUCCUCAGCAGUAUGUGGGCGCUGGGCAUCACAGGUACUUACCUCGGCGACUACUUCGGCAUCCUUAUGGACCAUAUGGUCACCGGCUUUCCCUUCAACGUCACAGGCUCGCCGAUGUACUAUGGCAGUUUCAUGAGCUUCCUUGGAACAGCAUUAUGGUAUGGCAAGCCAGCGGGCAUCGUGCUUAGCUUCCUGGUUCUUGUCGUCUACCAGAUUGCCUUGAGCUUCGAGGACCCGUUCACGGCUGGGAUAUAUGCGAAGAGGGACCGGGAGCAGAAAGCGGGCAAGAAGAGUUCGUGA